AUGGAUGAUUCGACACGUUUGACAAGUUCACAGUCCACUAAAGUGUUUAUACAACGUGAUUAUUCAAAUGGUACGGCAGUUAGAUUUCAAGAAAGAUUUCCAAUCGAACUAGAAGGAAGGAUUGACCAAAAUAUAUUCGUUCACAUCUUAGAAGAAAUAAAUAAAAUCUACGAUGACGCUGAACAAUUGUCAUUUAAAACAUUUAUGGAAAACUGUUGUGCGUGUUUAACCGGCUAUUUGUUAUUGUUAUGUAUGCCAACACAUUAUGAAAAAUGUGUAAAGAAAGCAGCACACUAUAUAAACGAACAGAAUGAGCAUGUAUUAAAUCGGCAAGGCAUAUUAAUGUUAGAUCCAAUGGAAAAAGGAUUAAGAUGUGUAAGUAAUCCAAAGGACAAAAACGCACGAUGCUGA